GUUAAAAAAAAUAGUCACACUUUCAUAUAUAUAGAAACCCGCUUUUGCAGUGCCGCUGGUCAUAUUUUCACAGAUUUUCAUAAGAAAACCAAUAUGUAAAUAGAAGGAAGAAAAAAAAUGUAGCAAAUCAAUAAGCACACCGUUUCGCAACGCUGCAAAAUGCCGCGCCGUGAAAACAAUAAAGUUGAUAUCAAGCCCAGCUGGAUUGCUGAUUCCCGCAACUUUUUUACCCAUGUAAUUACGGAUACUUUGGAGAGUCUUCGCAAAAACUCCAUGAUUGAACUAAGCCACCCUGAGAAAAUUGCGCUCUCCCAACUGGAGACACAAUGGAUGCAACACUACAUGCCCAGCAAGCAUAUGCCGGAAUCGAAUCCCUGCCCAUUACCGGUUCCCAAGCCAAAGCCGCGACGGCCUACCGUAAAACCGAGAGCAAAGGCAGCCAGUAGAGCAAAGCCAGAUGCGCAGUCUGUGGAUCCCCACACUUUGGAUGACCAUGUCAAUAUAGUGUAUCGCAUUUGCAUUCCUCCUCUGAGGCCCCAUUGGCAGUGCCGCAGCUUCGAUCUCAGUAUUCCUGCACAUGUGUGCAAGGAAAAUUUAAUUGAGCAGCUAAUAACCUGGCAGCUGCUGGACCGCAUUAUGGAGCUGCCGCAGGAAGAGGCCACGGCGAUGUUUCAGAAGCAUGUGAAAAAACUGCUGUAG